UUUUCUUCCUCACACCUCAGCGCACAAAUAUCUUCUCUUCUUCUUCCUCCUCCACCCACCGCUCGCCGCCGCCGCACCGGAGUGGGGGGUUAGUUUGGUAGGGGAUGCUGUUCGGGAUGGGCUCCUUGGUUGGUUGAUUUGUCUGGGAGGGAUCGGGAUUUUGGGUUUGGUUUCCCGAUUGGGAUCGGGGUUGGGUGGGUGGGGAUCCAUCCAUCCGUGAAUUUGAAUCCAUGGGGGAGGAGGCCGGCGGCGGCGGCGGAGGGGAGUAUGCGCGGGUCUCGGAGUGGGAGACGGGGCUGCCGGGGUCCGACGAGCUCACCCCUCUCUCCCAGCCGCUGGUCCCGCCCGGGCUGGCCGCGGCCUUCCGCAUCCCGCCGGAGCCCGGCCGCACGCUGCUCGACGUCCACCGCGCCUCCUCCGCCACCGUCUCCCGCCUCCGCUCCUCCUCCUCUUCUUCCUCUGGCGGGGGAGGCUCGUUCCCCACCUUCCCCUCCGGCCACGGCGGGGCGGCGUCGGACACGGGCGCGGACUCGGCGGCGGCGGCGUCGGAGCUGGAGAAGACGAGCAAGCGGCCGCGGAUGGUGUGGAACCCGCAGCUGCACAAGCGGUUCGUGGACGUGGUGGCGCACCUGGGGAUCAAGAGCGCCGUGCCCAAGACCAUCAUGCAGCUGAUGAACGUGGAAGGGCUCACCCGGGAGAACGUCGCCAGCCACCUCCAGAAGUACCGCCUCUACGUCAAGCGGAUGCAGGGACUCUCCAACGAAGGUCCUUCCCCCUCCGACCACAUCUUCGCAUCCACCCCCGUCCCGCCCAGCCUCCGCGAGCCACAGGUGCCCUCCGCCGCCAUGGCCCCCAUGUACCACCACCACCCCAUGGGCGGCGGCGGCGGCGGCAUGACCGGCGGCUACUACCAGCCGCAGCAGCAGCACGGCGGACACGCCGUCUACAAUGGCUACGGCGGCGGCGGAGGCUACUCCCAGUACCACCACGGCGACCAGUGAAUCAUGAUUCUGAUGAACUCAUUCUUCUUUUUCAGCCGUGCGGAUUAUUCAGGCAAGAGAUGGUGAUGCUCUGUCUUUACUCUUGUGCUGAUGCCUGCUCCCUGUGUGUGUCUUUGCUCUGCUCUGCUGCUCGUGCUGUAAUUGUAACCCAUAAAUCAUCAGUCCAUGAUCCAUGAUAUCCCAUCAGUCAGUCAGUCAGUGAAAGAGUCAAACAGUAGGUGUGUGUUUGGAUCGAUUCAACCAUGGCUGCCUGCAAAGGUUGGGCGUAAUUACUCAGGAACAAUUAGAUUGACUUUCCAGGAGCUCAAGGACUCUCUCCAUUAGAGAUAAGAUCCAAGAGGAUUAGCUAAACAAAGUGCAAAAGUGUAAGUGUGUGUGUUGCUUAUGUGUCUGUAUAACUGCUGUAAUAAGUGCACAUCCUGUCUCGCCUGCCCUAUUUUGGGGUCCAAAAAUUCAAAUGUGAAAUCGAACAGUAAUAAAAGAAGGAACUUGGAAUGAAUGAAUCAA